AUGACGUGCUUAAGGAACCGGGCCAAGGAUCUAUUUUCAAGGGCAUUACCAACAACAUUAGCUUUCAUGCAUUACGGCACUUCAGGGGCUAGUGGUAGUGGUGUGACUUCAUCUGGAAAACCUGAGGUAACCAUUGGAGAGGGAACAGUGUCGCGUCCAAGUCCCAGCUCUACAACUCUCGAAGAUGUGCUUGAUUCUUUGUUGGGCCUUCCUGCUGCCUCCUCAAGGUCUCCAUCCCCAGGUCCUGGCCCCAGGCGGCCCCAGCAGCCACCUCCUGCUCCGCCCCUGCCACCCCCACCCCCACCGCGCCGCAGCUGUGGAGACCUGCACCCAGACCUCGCAGGGUCAGCUAGUGACGGUGAAGUGUGGGCUUCAGGGGUCCUGGCAGCUCCAUAUUAUGUGUCCGACACCCUGAGAAGACGCAGUGAGGGCAGUGACCCCGGCCCUCGCCCAAGCAUCCGCCUCACCAGCACAGCUCUGGCCGGUCGAGCCAGGAGAGUGUCAUUUGACAUGGCUGUCUCCUCCACCACCGCCAACAUGGCUAACACCAACUCACCUGAACGGCCACCUAGUUCUGGGGCCAACACUAUGCAGGGUGAUGAUCAAAAUAUGGUUCGCUGUCGGUAUGGAAAAUGUGGUCGUGCUGCUCCAAUAGCAGAAGCUCGUCGCUGCUUCAAGACUUGUCAUAACUGUGAACAUGUGUAUUGUUCACGUGAAUGUCGUCGAGCUCAUUGGGAAAGACAUCGUAAAACAUGCCUGCAUUCACGUGUUGGUGCCCUCUGCCGUCAGGUGUUAUCUGCGGUGAAGGAGGAUGCAGCCACUCUUCGACAUGUCUCACUUCUUGCUCGCCGGGGUUAUUUGGCCCAAGGCCGUGGUGCUGUAAAACUUUUUUUCUCAAGUCCUGAUCUAGCUGAAAGGUUUGUUGCUCAUGGUUUGCCAGAACUUGGAGAACCUGUGUAUGCCCGAUGGGCAGACUUACUUCCUGCUGAAAUGGGGGCAGAUUUGUAUUCAGAACUUCUUCGAUUGUGCAAAACAUACAACCCCGAUACACGCCUUGUGCUCUAUGUUGCUGUCUGUGUUGUUAGUGAAGCUCCUACCACAGGUGCUGUUAAAUGGGAAAGACAACUUGUGUCCCGAUGUUCAAAGAUGCGUUUGUGUCGAACUUUGAUGGCUUCUAUUGCCUCUGGAAAACAGCAAACCCCAACUCCCCCUCCACCAGUACCCCAAAGACGAUCUUCUCCAUGCAGUAUUACUAGAGACAUGGAAAAUCCAGAGACUCUUAUAUUAACUUCCUUACCCGGAUGUGAAGGGCAAAUGUCUCCAAAACGUGCUAGGGAAAUCAGCUUUACGAAUAUUCAACGCCAUCUUCGUCAAAGAGGAGUUAGUUUAAGAAGGCAUUUCCCAGAUGUAUAUAAGCGACUUUGUGCUUAUGUUGAAGGAACAACUGAACGUUUUACCCCUGUUACCAUAUAUCCCUGUGAUGCAGUAACAGGAAAAAGUUUUAUGUGUAUUAUUAUGCCUGAUGCAGAGCCUGAGAGGCUGGAGUUAGUCCCCCGUGACAGCAGUUGUGUGAAAACCAUUGACAUAAGUAAAGAGCAUGAAAGUACAUAGCACCGAGUUCGACAGAGGCGUGGGCUCUCAACUAUUUCAAUGCCACUGCCAGCACAACCAGGGACUAGUUCAUAGUUGAAAUUGUAGGCCAGCAAAAUUAGACAUAAAAAUACGAAGAAUUAUUAAAAGUGAAAAUACAAGAAUUCUACUGAUUUGCUGUAGAUACUAAAAAAAUAAUAAAGCUAUUGACGAUAAAAUUCUGACAAAAAGAAAGUCUUGUGGAAUUCAUAAUUCUUUCUUUGAUUUAAGGUACAAUUCAAAAUAGAAUGAUAAAUAUUGCUAAAAAAUCUCAUAAUAUAUCAACAUUAAGAAAAUAUAUGUGACUAUUUUAAUUCUGCUUUGAACAAACUGACCAAAUAAUUAAAAGAAAACUAUUUUAUCUUUCUCAAAGAGAUAGCAUUUUUAUGUUAUUUUUUGUUAAUACUUAAAAUGAUUUUACACAUUAUUUCUAAACUUGCACAAGUUAUGUAAUGGUUUCACAAGAGGACUGAUCAUGUGUUAAAAAUUGUUACAAAGUUGUAUACUAUGAAAUAGGUACUUUUAAUUAGUAGCAUGUAUAUCACAAAUUUGUUUCUUUAAAUAAAUAUGUAAUAUUUUUAUUGUUGUUAUUAUUAUUAUUAUUAUUAUUAUUAUUAUUAGCAAGAUAUUUAAAUAUGAG